AUGACACACCAGCAGAUUUUAGCAUUGCUAAUAUCGCAGAGCGUAACUGCGGAUAAACCGAUCUUUUGUUGGCGGGAUUCGGGGAAGCUGUCGCAUGCGGAGACCCCUGAACGACCGCGCUCCCAGAAACAUCGCAACAUCGCUGAAAUACGUGGACCGAACGCCGGUGCAAAUGAUUCAGGUCGUGAAGGCCAGCUUUAUCCAAAAGUAACUUCCGACCCUGCAGACAUACCCCUGCAAGCCGGUGCGAUCGAGUUAUCGACGUCAUACCCUAACACCGUUAUGGAAGACAAGGGAGCCAAGAACCCAGAGAGUUCUGCCCAACAAGGGCAAGGGUCCAAUGAAGAACCUCAAGAUCCAGUAUCCGCAGGUAGCUCUUCUAGGCUCUUGUUGCUUCCGUCAGAGAUCCUGCAUCAAAUCCUCUUAUAUCUCCCUGCCAUUUCGCUCUACGCCAUCUCGCUGACGUGCCACUCUCUUCAAACACACUCGUUCACUGAUGCGCUCUGGGAGAACAUCGUGAACUCACCAGAUCUUCCUUCUCCCCAUCCUUAUCUUUCAUACCGCUCCCUUCAUCAUGCUCUUGCACCUCACCUCUACCUUAAACGAAAAAUCUUUAUCGGGGAUCGCCAGUAUUUUGGAUCGCUCCUUGCUUCCAAGUAUAUGCCAAUAUCUGGUACACUCGAAGCCUUUAGUUUUACAGGGACGCCGUCUCGCGACACAGCCGAAUUUUCAACAUGGUCCUAUAAUCCGGACGUCAUCAUUUCCCCUUUUAAUCCGAAAGUAAAUAUUCGGGAAGAACCCGAGCUCAAAAUUUCACCAAACUCCAAGGCUUCAGCAGACGGGGAAAUACCAGUUUCGCGACGGGGAAUCCUAGCAACAUACUUCCGAGCCGAAGCAAUAUUCCAGCGUGAUGUCUACUCCCAAAUGGCUGUUUGGCCCCCAUCAACGAUUCCUGCCAAAACUAGGGUCCGAAACGAAAGCCCUAGCGGGUUUAAGAGCGGUGCAAACUCAAAACAGAGAGGCCCGUUUAUGAGGCUCCCAAGUAAUAUCAGUAUUAACGGAACAUCUCUAUCUGUCGGUGGUUUCAAUGAUGUCACGGGAGCUGCAAUUGACAGAAGUGCCUUUAUCGUACCACAAACCAAAACCACGCCAACCGAAGAUGAAAAGUGGAAAGCCGAAGAGAUAAGACAAAGGAGUGGACACUUAAGCGAGACUGCUUUUCGUCUAAGGAGAUGGGCGGUUUUAGGAGAUACUUCGGGUGACUUUGAAAACCGCUUCCGAAUGGGAGAAAGGGUGGAAACUUUCGCAGAAUUGGAUGAAGAGCUAUGGACACCAACUCCAGAGUAUCCGUAUAGAGGAGUUUGGGUCGGUGACUACGGUCCGCACGGAGCGGAAUUUCUACUUUUUCACCAGCCUACAACAAGCAGCUCACAGAAGCGCCUUGAAGUUAUCAAGCUAACUGGGGACCCCAAUGUUCCUCGCGGCGAAUACACACUCAUUGUUGAUGAUCUGUCUCAGCCAAUAAGGAUAGCAGAUGAAGAAGAAGUCGAAUGGCCGGGUGCUAAGGUUUACUCCGCACGUGGCCGUGUUGCGGAACACGAAUUCGUGGACGAUAAAUUCAUCAAUGUUCAUAUGAUCCUGCCCGUCCCAGAAGUUGAUUGGCAAGAGGCGCAGGCGCAAAAGGAAGGGACACCAACUCCAUCUGAUAAAAGUACUAGCGAUGCCGACGAACGAGGGAGGAAUGACGAUAUUGGGGAAGGAUGGGGGGUUGGAAGCCAUGAAAGAGGGGUUCUGGGUGGACGCAACAAGCGAUUGAGUGGCACGAAACAGGCUGUGAAACUUCUAGAUCAGCCAUGGGUUCCAAAUCGAGUAGCUGUUUAUUGGCACGAGUUGAGUGAAGUAAUUCAUCUCUACUACAGGGUUGAUGUUCAUAAAUUCCUGGAUUAA